AGCCCAAGGGAGGAAAGGCUCCGUCCGCGUCGCAGGAGGCCAUCAGGAACCAGGUGAGGAAAGAGCUGAUGGCCGAGGCAGCUGCCAGCGAGAAGCGGCUCUCCGUGGAGGAAAAGGAGCAGGAGGAGGAAGGGGCAGCUGCUCCCUCUGUCUCAGGGGUUUAUUUCAUCUGCCCCUUGACUGGUACUGUUGUGAGGAAAGACCAGAAGGAAAAGCAGCUCCGAGAAGCCAUCCAGGCAUAUUUCUCCGUGGACCCGGUGGCUGCUUCCAUCAUGGAGAUCCACACCUUCAACAAGGAGCGGGAGAAGGUCCGGCUGUGCGUGGAGACCAUGGCCAAGUACCUGGAUAACAUCUAUCUCCAUCCAGAGGAGGAGAAAUACCGGAAAAUCAAACUGCAGAACAAGGUGUUUCAGGAAAGGAUAAGCUGCUUGGAAGGGACACAUAAAUUUUUCCAGGCUGUCGGGUUUGAGACAAAAACACUGCCUGUUCCAGGACAAGGCUGCUGGCUUUGGACUCGUCCCUCCUUUUGCCGAGACUGCUGGAGGUGGCUUUGGUUGGCUCUGCGCAGGGGCCGGGCCCUGCUGUCCCCUCCCAGCUCCAGACUCACAGGUGGCCCCACCGGCGGCUCCUCCCUGGGGCUGCCAACACCCAGCUGGAGCAGGGGCUGCCCGAGGUGUUCCCGAGGCGGUGGUGGAGCAGGGAUGAGGGGCUGGUAAGGCUGGAUGAGCAGCCUGAGCCUGGGGAGGGGGCUGGGUGUAGAGCUCAGCUUCCCGUUCUGCUUCUGUGUGCACUGUAACUCCUACUGGAGAGAAGCCAUUUGGAUAAAGUUACACUUAGUCCGAUUAAAUGGAAUUAUUUAAAGACUCAGUCCUGAUCCCAGUUGCUUGAGUUGCAUUGCUGUUGUAGGUUUGAGAUGCCAAACCAGUCUGUGCUGGGGCUGGCACUGGUGUUACUGGGGCAGCAUCACCCCUUUGUCCCUUCAGAGAGUGAACAGGGAACAGAAAAAACCUGAAAUUACAGACAAUCUUCUAAAGAAAUAACUGAUAACUCACCUGUCGUAUAAAGCUGAAAGCCCCAGCAAGUUUGUCCUGUGUGUCACCGAGUCUGAUGCCAGCUCAGUCCUUUAAUACCUCAAGCAGAGUUUUCCUGUGGGACAGAGCCCAGCUCUGAUGCAGACAAGAGACUGAGAAUCUAGCCCUGACCUGUCCAGCCUGUCCCAAAAUAAGAGAAACAAAGCAUUUUUCCCCUCUUCCAAAGGUAAAGCCCUGCUGCUGUUCUCUGGAGCAAGUAAGACCACAAACAGGAUGGUACAAGAGCAUAAAUUCAUAUAUAAUUGUACAUCAUUUAUACCCAAGGCCACGCUGUACAACAUUAUGAACAGUCAUUCCCCAGUGGCAUCACAAUAAGCUUAUUCCAAAAUCCCUCAGCUACUUUUAGAGAUAACUUAGAUACCUUCCAUUACAAAGAAGUAUCAAAAUUUCAAUAAUGCUUUAUUAAGGACAGAUUAAUAUGCAGUAUUUAAAAAAAAAAAAA